AGUCACACUGAAGCGUUCAACCACAGAGUACGUAACUGUGUGGGGGUCGCUCGUCUAACAUAAAAUUUUUUAGUUUUAUGAGUUUUUAAAAUAAAAAAUAUGUACAGAUAUUUUUGUGUGUUUGUGUUGUUUACAAGCCAAUUUUGGAGUUUUUUUGCAUAUCAAAUACCCUCACCUAAAUUGGAACUGCUUGAGCAGGGAUUUCGUGUAUCAAUUCCAGAUGUGGCUGGAGUGGAAAACGUUGCCUUCAAUAUUAAACUGAAUCAGCCGUUCAAGCGAUUUGAAGAAGGCCAAUACAGUGAAAGGGUACUCGCACCAACCAAUAACCGUUGGGCAUACGAAAACCAAAGAAACCUACAAGAUGAUGAUGUGGUUUAUUUAUGGAUCAAUGUGCAACAUAACAAAAUGGUAUAUCGGACGACUUCUAACCCAAUUUUUGUAAAAUCUAUUAGAAGCAAUGUCAUUCCACCAAAAGGUCAAAACACAAGCGAAACUAAUAAGCAAGGUAAGGAAGAGGUUACGGAUGAUAAUGAAGAAAAAAAAUCUAAUGAAAAUACUAGCGAUACUAAUAAUACAAACGAAAACCCAAAUAUUGAUUUAAAGAAAGAAGAAGAGAGGAAUACAAACACUCCUAAUCCGGAUAUAGAAAUCAAAAAUAAAAACGACAACUGCUUACCUUCCAUUACCACAUAUGGAAAACGACAAGCUUGCAAAGAUCAAUUAAUUUUUGAAGACAGUUUUGAUGGCGUUAAACUGAAUUCACAGUUGUGGAAGCAGGAAGUGCGUAUUGCACAAGAUGUGCUUGACUACGAAUUUACACUCUAUGAUACCAACGUUCGUAUUAAAGAUGGACAAGUAGAAAUAAUUCCUAUCUUAUGGAAUAACGACAAGCCAGGAACUAACAUACAACAUGGGCGUUUAAACCUGGGCGACAGAUGUACUGGCUAUAAAAAUUCCGAACUGGAGUGCAAGCGUGUUGCACAUGGCAUCGCUGCAACCGUGUUACCACCUGUAAUUUCUGCACGUAUGAAUACUAGGCAAUCCUUUAGUUUUAUGUAUGGAAGAGUUGAAAUACGCGCCAAACUGCCACAAGGAGAUUGGCUACUGCCGUUGUUGCUUUUGGAACCUUUAGAAAAUUUUUACGGGCACGACAACUAUCAGUCGGGACAAAUUCGCAUUGCUUUUGCUAGAGGAAAUGAGAAUUUGAUGUCACGAAAUGAUGAUGUCAUUGAUGGUCGCCGACUCUAUGGGGGCGGAAUUGUAACUCCAAAUACACUAUUCCGGGAAAAAACUUUAAGAAGCACAUAUCGCGAUGUGCACUUCGGUGAAGAAUUCCAUAACUAUACAAUGAUUUGGAAUAAGCAGAAUUUCAAAUUUUUCAUUGAUGGUGAAGAAUAUGGAGUAGUUGAAGGAAAUUUCGCAGAGACUUAUGCAAAAGACUUGGGUUACUCCAGUGCAUGGAAAAGCGGUGAUUCGAUGGCACCUUUUGAUAAAGAGUUUUAUAUAACCAUUGGUCUAGCUGCCGGUGGACAUAUUGAUUUUCCAGAGGGCUGCAUAUCUUAUUACCGACCAAAACCAUGGGAAAAUUUAUCGCCAAGUGGGGCACUGAAAUUCUGGGAAGAUCGUGACAAUUGGAAACCAACUUGGAAAAAUUCAAAACUCCUCGUGGACUAUGUACGAGUCUAUGCCAUUUAUAAAGCUGGAAUAACAGAGGUUGUGUAUGUUAUUGAAAUAAAUGAUAUAUGUUCAACAAUAAUGGACUAUUUAAGUAAACCUCAAGAUAACAUGUGGUCGGCUCGUCAGCAAAACAUAACUCUCAAUAAUCACGACCGUGUUUCCGUUACCUUAAUGAUUGUCCAUAAUGACAGCAUAUAUUUGAAUACAGAAAAUUUUCGAAUAGAAAAUAGUAAACCCAAAAAAGUGAUCACAUCCAAUAUUAAAAAAAAUAGCAUUGAAGAUUUUAUUCCGGAAUGCGUGACAGCUCAUACUAACAAUCAAAACUGCCGAAAACCGCAGACUACUUCGACUACCGCAAUAGUUAAUUGCAUAGAUGACUUAAUAUUUGAAGAAAAUUUUGACAACACAGAUGAAGUUAACCUCUCUCGUUGGAGUUACGAUAUAUACAAUAAGAACAGUGAUAAUCGUAGUGUAGAAUUCGUGCUCUUCGAUAACUCAAAAAAGAACUGUUUCGUUAGUGAUGGUUGUUUAAACAUCGUGCCAACUGUAACCGAGAAAAUACAAUUAUAUAAAUGUCUUCAUAGAUGUACGAGCAAUUUUAGAGAUGCCUGCUAUAUCAAUACCGAAAUAAUAAACGUAUUUUAUCCUGCUAUUAAUUCAUCACAAAUCAAUACGAAGAAUUUUUUUACUUUUAAAUAUGGACGCAUUGAUAUAAGGGCGAAAUUGCCGAUUGGAGAUUGGUUACUUCCAUAUAUAAUGCUGAAACCAGCAUACCCAUAUGAAGAUGAAAAUUCACAAAUUAGAAUAGCGUUUGCGCGAGGUAAUCAGAAUUUAUUAGACGAUUGCAAGUCAGGUAUUGACGGCAAGCAUUUAUAUGCUGGAAUAGUAUAUUGGAAAAACCAAAAACGUACAGAAAAUUUUAUGGAAUUUCUAGGUGAAAAUCACUUCGGUGAAAAUUUUCACAAUUACUCAAUAUCAUGGACGACUGAGAGUAUAUCUAUGUCUGUAGAUGGAAAGCAAUACGGAAUAAUCAAUGAAGGACUAGAGUAUUUCACUGGCGAGGUCUACAUUUCAAUUGGACUAUCUGCCGGUGGCUGGGAAGAAUACAGAAAAUCUGAAGAGUUAAUUUGGGGUCGGGAAGAUUCCAGAGCAAAUUAUCAUUUUUGGAACAAACGAGACGAAUGGAUCCCCUCCUGGAAGGAUAACGGUUCUAUGAAAAUUGAUUAUGUUAGAGUAUAUGCCAUAUAAAAAGAUAUUUUUUCUUGAUCUAACUAAUACUAUUGCAUGAGAUAAAAAAUAUCGAAAUAAAAAAUGUUUAAAAAGUUAUAUAUUUUUCAAACUUAUCCAACCGAUAUAUUCUUUAGAUAUAAUA